AAAGGGGUUGGAAUGUGGUGAUCUCCUCCCCAGUUGGUCGGAAAUGGCUGGCUGACACUGUCAAGAAGUUACCGGAAAACUGAGACUACACCUUGAAGCUGAUGGAAACAGAGCUGACUCUAGGCUUGCCUGGUGGCAACAGAACCGCUGGUGAUGCAGGGAAAGCCGGCACGAAACGUGCAUACCGGGAAACCAUCAAUCUUAGCACAGGCGCGGGAUCUUCCAGUGAGCCGGCCAUUGUCGCCAAAGAGGAGCUCAACCAUGCCGGAAAAAUGCUAGAAGCCAAGGCUCAGUUGGUAGGAUGGCCUCCAGUGAGAUCCUUCAGGAUGAAUGCAUUGAAGAGCUGUAGGUACGUGAAGGUGGCACUGGAUGGUGCACCCUAUCUGCGCAAGGUGGGCUUGGAAACACACGGCGGCUACCAUCAAUUGUUGGAUGCUCUUGACAAUAUGUUUGGUUGCUCCAAGUUGCGCAAGUACCCUGAUGAGAGCAAGCCGGUGGAGCAGGCAAGUGACAGUGAGUAUGUUGCUGCCUACGAGGACAGAGAUGGCGACUGGAUGCUGGUUGGCGAUGUUCCAUGGGAGAUGUUUGUGGAAUCCUGCAAGCGUAUGCGCCUGAUGAAGAAUUCAGAUGCUAUUGGCUUGGCGCCAAGGACUCCAGACAAACGCACCAAUUGAUCAUGAAGACGAUGAUGAGGAGGCGUUGGAUCAGGGUGGUUCAUGUACAGUGGUCGUCGUGUUUCCUUACAGAAACAUGCAGCUUGUGUUUAUCCUACUUUUUUCUCUUCUUUUCCAUCUCAUAAAGGUCGAUGUUACGAAUCAUCAGUGAAGUUGGUUCUGGUGUAAUCAAGUGAAAUUUGCUUACUGCAUUUUAAUUGUUCCAAUCAGAUGA